AUGGGUUUUGCCUCUAAGAUUGCCGCGGCCCAGAACAAUCAGACCCAGAACCCUCAAGGUCAAGGUCAAAAUAUGUCUAACAAUCAAGGUACCUACGGUGGUGCACCGCCAGCUGGAUACACUGGAGGGCCGCCUGCAGCGCUGCGGCCUGGUGGAUACCCGCAACAACAGCAACCCCAACAACCGCAGUAUCAGGCUUAUGCAGGAUCCCCACCCCCAAAUCAGGGAUCGCUCAACCAAAUCAGCCCUACCAUGCCCCUUCCCCGGCUGCGACACCCUAUUCCAGGCCACCUCCGCAGCAACCUUCACCCUACCCCGCAUCCCCUCAGCAGGGCGGCUAUGCACGUCCUCCCCCGCCGCCGCCUACAGGCCAACCUUACGGAUCUUCGGGAUCGCCGUACCCUGGACAGCAACCCCAAUACCCGGGACAGCAAUCACAGCAGCCAGCGCAGCAGGCUCCCCAUUUACGCGACCAACAACAGCCCUCUUAUCCUGGACAGCAACCUCCUUACUCUGGACAACAGCAAGCCUAUCCUGGACAACAGCAAGCCUAUCCUGGACAACAGCAAGCCUAUCCCGGACAACAGCCACCUUAUCCUGGACAGCAACAGCCCUAUCCUGGACAACAGCCUGCCUAUGUACAUAUCAGCCCCCAUGUAUCUCGCGCUACGUUGUGCUUUCAACCAAGGAUCUUACCCACCCCAGGGAGCUCCGUACCCUGGUGGCCAGGGUCGCCCUGGGCCUUCAUCUGGCCCACCUGGACAGUAUGGCGCGCCCGGUGGUGGCCCCCCUCAGCAGGCUGCCCCGCCUACCCAACAACAGGUCGCAGCUUAUCGUCAGCUGUUGAUCGCCACUAUUCAGGAGAAGAAUAUCCAAAGCUUCUACCCACCCGAACGUUUGGACCGUCUAGUGCAAUCACUGGCCAGUAAUGCGCCGGCCAAGCUGCAGAAUUUGAUCCACGAAUGGAAUGUGCCUAUGGAGGUGGCUACGGACGUGAUGAAGCUGGCGCUGUUCGACGUCAUUCUGUAUGUGGACGACAGUGGAUCUAUCGAGUUUGAAGAAAAAGGACUGCGGAAAGAUCAGCUGCGACAGAUUCUCGGAAUUGUGGCUACUGCGGCCGCCACCUUUGACGAGGAUGGUAUCUCGGUGCGUUUCAUGAACUCCUCGGAACAAGGGGACGGAAUCCGUAGUGCAAACGACGUCAAUGCGCUGGUCUCUCGUGUUCGAUUCUCGGGAUUGACGCCUCUUGGUACCAGCUUAAAGAGCAAGGUCAUUGAUCCCAUGAUUGUCGGCCCUGCCCGCGCCGGUCGUCUUGAAAAACCAGUGCUAGUCAUUACCAUCACUGAUGGCCAGCCUGCCGGUGAGCCCCACAGCAGUGUAAACGACGCCAUCCGCCAUGCUGUUGACGAGACUUCACGGACCCGUUACGGUCGUGGUGCGGUUUCUUUCCAGUUUUCACAGGUGGGCAACGACCAGCGGGCGCGAGAAUUCCUGGGCGAUUUGGACGAGGAUCCUCAGAUCGGCAGCCUGAUUGAUUGCACGUCGAACUUCGAGGUUGAGCAGGACGAGAUGUCGCGUGCCAACCCUCCGGUGCAUCUUACUCGGGAGCUUUGGUGCGCGAAGCUGAUGCUUGGUGCGAUCGACUCUUCUUAUGACACCAAGGAUGAGAAAGCUUCUGGGCGUGCUGGCGGAGGUCCGCCUCCUCAGGCUUCUUAUGGUGGAUACAACCAGCAGCCAUCUGGUGGUCAACCUGGGUAUGGAGCCCCACCACCUGGAUACCAGUCUGGGCCUCCUCAGAACUUCCACAACCCCCAGCCCGGAUACGGCCAGGCCCCUCCCCAGCAGCAGCAGCAGCAGCAGCAGCAGCAACAGCCUCCUUAUUCUGGCGCCAAUCGUGGAUCCCCCUAUGGCCAGCCCCAGCCCUAUGGAUAUCCAUCCGCUGGAGGGGCCGGAGGUUAUCCGCCACCACCGCGUCGCUACUAG